CCGCUCAACAUCCAACCGCCAUGUCCUCCCUGCCGGAUGAUCCUGUCGAUAGAGCCAUCCAUGAGGAUGAACCAAUGCAAUCCAACGAAGAAGAGGAGGAAGUUGGCGAUGCAACCAUGGCAGAUGGCGUGGGCGUGACGGACAGUUCAGAAGAAGGGGAAGACGAUGAAGAAGAGGAAAAAAGGAUCAGGGAAGGCUUCAUUGUAGACGAGGACGAAGAGGUGGAGGAUGAAGACGAGGAGGAGGAGCGUCGGAGGCGCAGGAAACGCCGAAAGAGACGCCAUCGCAGGCGCGAAGAAGAAGAGGAUGCUCUAGAAGAGGACGAUCUCGAACUUCUAGAGGAGAAUACGGGUACCUCCUUCAGAAAUCGCCGCCUCACUCGUCUCCGCCGCGGUCGUGAAGACGGGUCUCCACCCGCUUCUUCCUCUUCCAGGCGGAAACAGGUGGUUGAGUCUUCCGAAGAUGACCUGGACGACGAUGAGGAUUUACCGCAGGUUCAAGACAUUCAACGUAUAUGGGACGAUGAACGAGCAGGGCGUGGACAAGAGGAUGAGGAAGAUAUGGAUGACUUCAUAGAUUACGAAGACGAGGAGGAAGCUGGUGGCUUGGAUGAACAGGAACGGGAGGAGAGGCGGCGCGAAAGGAAAAAAUUGGAGAGGCAGCGUAGGCGGGCUAUGGGUUCCAUACCCGAGUUGUCUGGAAUCGACGCUGGCGCGUGGGAGGCAAUACACGACGUUUUCGGUGAUGGCCAUGAAUAUGAUUGGGCCCUGGUAGGAGACAAUGAGGUCGAACCGGACGAAGAGGCUCAGAAGCCAGAGAUGAAGUAUCAGGAUGUGUUUGAGCCAUCCGAGAUUCGUGCCCGUAUGUUAACGGAAGAUGAUGAUCUUAUUCGUGUUCAAGAUAUUCCCGAACGCAUGCAGCUAGCCACGUCUUCAUUUUCACAAUCCUCCACCCUUUCAUUCCAUCAAAACCUUACUGAAUCAGACAUCGACGAUGCCGCUGCCUGGGUCACGUCCCGCUUGUCAGCCAGGAAGACCAGGGACUUCUUCUCUGACAACGGGCCGUAUUAUUCAUAUCGCGAAGCAUUAGUUUUGGCGGUCACAAAUGCUCUCCGUUUUCUCUUCGUUCAAGAAUUCGAAGUUCCCUACAUAUGGACGCACAAGCGCGACUAUAUCUCUUAUUUCAACCCCCAAGAAAUGCGCACUCGAAUCGAACUCAUCAGUCUUGCUGAGCUGUGGAGGAUACAGGCAUUAGGUCAGAAAUACCGUUCUCUUCUGGAACGGCGCAAUUCCCUCUUCGCCGCGUACUCCCGGUUGAACGUAGAAGACGACUAUUUCGAGCAGACCCUCAAACCCAAGAUUGACACAGUGGAGAUGGUAGCUGACAGCACAGAGUGGCUCACUAUGAAAUACAAGUCCAGAAAACAGGACGCGUUUGACGUGCAUUUCCAUGAUGACGAAGAAAUUGCCGACCGAAAGCGAAAGGCCCCCAGUCGAGUGUCCGCCUACGAAAUUGCAAAGAGGAGUGUUGUUUCAAAACUUGCUGAGGGCUAUGGGAUCCGUCCACACGAAGUUGUUCAAAACUUCAUUUCAUUGGAUCGACCGAACUUCGUAGAGGAUCAGGAGCUCAAUCCGACCGCUUUUGCGGAACAAUUCGUCAACCCCGAUUCCCUGGUGCCUCAGACGCCCGCGGAGCUACUACGCCGUGCUCGAAUGAUCUUCGCCACCGAACUCGGGAAGGACCCGCUUCUGAGACAAACAAUACGCGACUUUUUCAAAGUUGAGGCACAAAUUUCUGUCCAACCUACAGAACGGGGCAUCAACAAGAUUGAUGAACACCAUCCAUACUUUAACUUCAAGUAUCUGCACCACAAACCGAUUAGCCAAAUGUUGGAUAGUGCCCAGUUCCUUCACAUAAUUGCGGCUGAAUCAGAACACCUGGUUAACGUAUCAAUAUAUCUUACGAACGAGGCCAAGGGUCGAUUUGAACGCCUGUUGAACGAUGCGUUUACUUCUGACAGUUACAGCGACAUUGCCAAAGCAUGGAACGAGGAAAGGUCGCGAGUCGUACAAGAAGCCCUUGACCAACACCUCAUUCCCGUCGGUAUGAAAUGGUGUAGGGAGUGGUUACGAGAGGAGGUCGAGGAUGCCCUUGCUGUCCAUUGCGGUAACAAACUCAGAGAGCGCAUCGACGUUGCACCUUUUGCCCCGGCUGAUUCCCAGCCCGGAUAUUCGCCUUCCGUGCUUGCGAUUUCCUGGGGAAAGGGCGACCCUCAGAAGGAUGCUAUAACGAUGGUCAUGUUGGAUGAUAUGGGCAGGCUAAGAGAACACGUUAAGAUUGACAACCUGGUUGACCAAGACUACAAGGACGAAUUCAUUGACUUGUUGAAAAGGCGUCGGCCAGAUGUUAUCGUCGUGGGUGGAUUCAGUAUGGCGACAACAAAGCUCUCCGCCAGGGUCAAGGAGGUCGUCAGCGGCAAGCCCGCGGAAGGAGACCCUGCCACUCCAGAUUGGCGCCCGCCCCAGAACGAACAAUCGUUCGAAUAUUCCUUCGCACGGAUUUACCAGCAUAGCAAGCGUGCCACAGAGGAGUUCAGUACUCUCUCCCCUAUCGCCAAGUAUUGCGUUGGUCUUGCACGUUAUGCACAAAACCCUCUCAAUGAAUAUGCCGCGCUCGGUGCUGACAUCACCGCCAUCUCGUUUGAGGAUGAAGACCAGCAUCUGAUACCGAAAGAGAAGCUUCUGAUUGCGCUCGAAAGAGUGCUGGUAGACGUGACCAAUAAAGUCGGCGUGGAUAUUAAUCGCGCGGUCACGGACUCCUACUAUCAGCACCUGCUGCCACUUGUUUGCGGUCUCGGCCCUCGCAAAGCUCAUGCGCUUGUGAGAAAAAUUGCUUCACUUGGAGGAAAUCUUGUCAACCGCGACCAGUUCAUCAAAGCGGGCUUGUUAACCACCAAGAUCUUUUUAAAUGCUGCUGGUUUCUUACGUAUUUCUCAAGACCCAGACGUGAAACCCGCCAAAAAUCGACAUGCAGACGACGACGGGCCAGAUCCCUUGGAUGAUACUCGUGUUCAUCCAGAGGAUUACGAAUUGGCGCGGAAAAUGGCAACUGAUGCCCUUGAACUUGACGAGGAAGAUAUCCAUGGGGAACACCCUUCUCGCGUGGUGACUUUGAUCAUGAAGGACAAUGAUAACGAACGAAAGCUGAACGAGCUCAACCUCGAUGAAUUUGCUGUGAACAUGUUCGAGGCAAACGAAGAUCGGAAACGUCACACCCUAAACGUGAUUCGCGAGGAACUUUUGAAGCCAUUCGCAGAACAAAGAGGGCCAUUCCCAGAACUUCAACCUUGGGAAGUUUUGACGAUGCUAAGCGGGGAAACUCCACGAACCCUACGCACGGGUCUUAUCAUAUCCGUACUCAUUGUCCGCAUUGAGAUAACCGACACAGUCAUCACCCGAUUGGAUUCUGGCAUUGAGGGCAUCAUAACUCCUGAUUACUUAUCGGCCCAAGGAAAUGUGAAACCCAAAAAUAUGUUCAAGAAGGGUCAAGCAGUACAAGCCGUUGUUGUGGAAGUGCAUCUUGACCUGCCUAUGGAUCACUUUCAGGUGACACUUUCAACCCGUUCUAUAGACCUGACCCAAGGCGACGGGCUCUUCCGACGUGUAAAACGCGACGAUUAUUGGAACACUCAGCAGUAUGAACGUGACCUAGAAAUGCAGGCUCGCAAGAAACGUGCUGAGACUGAUCGGGCAAGACGGGUUAUCAAGCAUCCCAAUUUCCACAAUUUCAAUGCCUCCCAAGCCGAGAACUUCUUGGAGAAGCAGCAACGCGGAGACGUGGUUAUUCGUCCGUCCUCCAAAGGCGUGGACCACCUUGCAAUCACCUGGAAGGUAGAGGACAAGCUGUAUCAACAUAUUGACGUCACCGAAAUUAACACCCCAAGUGGGCCAAUAUUAGCUGUUGAUGACAAGCACCAGUACGCCGACUUGGAUGAGCUCAUUGUCAACCAUGUGCAAGCGAUCGCUCGCAAGGUGGAAGAACUUAUGGCCCACGAAAAAUUCAAACACGGGCCAGAAGAUGAAUUGCAUUUAUCUCUGAAGAACUUUGUUGCUGCUAACCCCGCUAAAAGUGCUUACGGAUUCACACUGAAUCGCCGGAAACCUGGCCACUUCAACUUGUGCUUCUUGGCAAACAAAAAUUCCACCGUGCAAACUUGGCCCGUGCGCGUUACUCCAGAAUCAUAUUGCCUAUUCGAGGCUCCCGUCGCUGGUGUGCCAGAAUUGUGCGAUGCCUUCAAAGUCAGGUGCGUCACACGGGUUUAGUUCGUCACCUGACCUCUCUGACACCGGGUUUUCUAGACACCUUCACCAGUCACAAAACCUUGCAAACGCGGGUGUAGGAGGGAAAACUCCGUACGGUGCUGGUGCCCGCACACCAGCACGGACCCCUGGACAUGUGACGCCUGGGCACAUGUCCGUUCGUCAGGUCCCUGGCCGUACACCCAAUCCCUACGGCGGCCAAACCCCAGCACCACCACCUGCUUACGGAGGUGGUAUCCCUAGUUCUAGUUACGGGAUA